CGCGGUGGCGCUGACGGCGACGGUGGUGGAGCCACGGGUCAGGCUCCGCUCUGCGUUACGGCCUCCACGGCGUCGGCGUUAGCAACCACGACCAAGCUUGUUUACCCAGCAUACAACAUGUCUGGGGCAAUUACCCCAAGGAAGGGCUAUUAUUGCACGCACUUUACAGCUGAGUAAACUGAGACCCAGAGAAGGACAGGAAAUAGCCCAAGAUUACCAAGUAAGCGUCCCCUGCCAAGCAUGGUGACAGCCUGUGCCCUCAGCCUCCUCGUCUGGCGCAGCCAAAAGAGCCACCAGUCGCUGGCGCCCAUGGCCUGCCACAUGAGUGAGUGAGUGAAUGGCCUGGCCCAGCCUGACCCUUCAGAUUGAGGGGUUCGAAGCAACUGAGUGACCAGAGAACACACUGCCGAUCCCCUCCCACCAGCUGACGAAUGAUGGACCAAACAACAAGUAACCCUUGUAAGGGUUGUAGAAUAAUGACAGGAAGCAAGGCAUGAGCAUCCCCUGUAGUCACCUGUAACUUUUUGCUGGAAAUAGAGGUCUGAGCACCUCAAACUGACCCAGUGGACCUACCUGGCCCCCACCCCAGCUGAUGGGGCCACUGGGGCCCCAAGCAGCCACCUGACCAUACAGAAGCCCCCUGCUCACCAUGGCUGGCGCUGAGGGCUUCCAAUACCGUGCACUGUACCCAUUCCGCCGGGAGCGGCCAGAGGACCUGGAGCUGUUGCCUGGGGACGUGCUGGUGGUGAGCCGGGCAGCACUACAGGUGCUGGGUGUGGCUGAGGGCAGCGAGCGAUGCCCGCAGAACGUGGGCUGGAUGCCUGGCCUCAAUGAGCGAACUCGGCAACGUGGUGACUUCCCUGGUACCUACGUCGAGUUCCUGGGUCCUGUGGCCCUGUCCAGGCCUGGCCCUCGCCCCCGAGGCCCCCGCCCAUUGCCUGCCAGGCCCCAAGAGGGGGCCCCUGAGCCAGGUUUCACACUUCCUGACCUGCCUGAGCAGUUCUCCCCCCCUGAUGUGGCUCCCCCACUGCUGGUGAAGCUUGUAGAGGCCAUUGAGCGGACAGGACUAGACAGUGAAUCCCUUUACAGGCCUGAGCUGCCACCCCCGUGCACAGAUUGGUCCCUGAGCGACCUAGAGCAGUGGGAUGCGGCAGCCCUGGCGGAUGGCAUCAAGUGCUUCCUUCUGGCACUGCCUGCGCCUCUCGUGCCGCUGGAGGCCGCUGCCGAGGCCUGCCGUGCCCUGCGAGAGGCCGUGGGGCCCGUGGGGCCAGCUCUGGAGCCCCCAACGCUGUCACUGCACCAAGCGCUCACGCUGCGCUUCCUGCUCCAGCACCUGGGCCGGGUGGCCCAGCGCGCCCCUGCCCUGGGUCCCGCUUUGCGAGCCCUGGGCGUUGCCUUUGGGCCGCUGCUGCUGCGUGCGCAGCCUCCCUCGCCGCCACCAGGGGUCCCACCUGUCGGGACUGAGCCUAACCCUGACUUCCCAACUCUGCUGGUGGAAAAGUUGCUUCAGGAGCACCUGGAGGAGCAGGAGGUCACACCCCCAGCUCUGCCACCUAAACCACCCAAGGCAAAGCCGGCCCCUGCGGGGUUGGCUAAUGGGGGGAAUCUGCCCUCCCUUCAGGAUGCUGAGUGGUAUUGGGGUGACAUCUCCAGGGAGGAGGUGAAUGACAAACUCCGGGACACACCUGAUGGCACCUUCCUGGUCCGAGAUGCCUCCAGCAAGAUUCAGGGAGAGUAUACCCUGACCCUUAGGAAAGGUGGGAACAACAAGCUAAUUAAGGUCUUCCACCGUGAUGGGCACUAUGGCUUCUCAGAGCCACUCACCUUCUGCUCUGUCGUGGACCUCAUCACCCACUACCGCCACGAGUCGCUGGCCCAGUACAAUGCCAAACUAGACACGCGGCUCCUGUACCCUGUGUCCAAGUACCAACAGGACCAGAUUGUCAAGGAAGAUAGCGUGGAGGCCGUGGGUGCCCAGCUCAAAGUCUACCACCAGCAGUACCAGGAGAAGAGCCGCGAGUACGACCAGCUCUACGAGGAGUACACACGCACCUCCCAGGAACUGCAGAUGAAGCGCACAGCAAUCGAGGCCUUCAAUGAAACCAUCAAGAUCUUCGAAGAACAGGGCCAGACUCAAGAGAAGUGCAGCAAGGAAUAUCUGGAGCGCUUCCGGCGUGAGGGCAAUGAGAAAGAGAUGCAGAGGAUUCUGCUGAAUUCAGAGCGGCUCAAGUCUCGCAUUGCGGAGAUCCACGAGAGCCGCACGAAGCUGGAACAGGAACUGCGAACACAGGCCUUGGACAACCGGGAGAUCGAUAAGCGCAUGAACAGCCUGAAACCAGACCUCAUGCAGCUGCGCAAGAUCCGAGACCAGUACCUGGUAUGGCUCACCCAGAAAGGUGCCCGGCAGAAGAAAAUCAACGAGUGGUUGGGGAUCAAAAAUGAGACAGAAGACCAGUAUGCACUGAUGGAGGAUGAAGAUGACCUCCCCCACCAUGAGGAACGCACCUGGUACGUGGGCAAGAUCAACCGCACGCAGGCUGAGGAAAUGCUGAACGGCAAGCGGGAUGGCACCUUCCUCAUCCGUGAAAGCAGCCAGCGGGGCUGCUAUGCCUGCUCUGUGGUGGUGGACGGCGAUACGAAGCACUGCGUCAUCUACCGCACGGCCACUGGCUUGGGUUUUGCAGAGCCCUACAACCUGUAUGGGUCCCUGAAGGAACUGGUGCUGCAUUACCAGCACACCUCCCUAGUGCAGCACAACGACGCCCUCACCGUCACCCUGGCACACCCAGUGCGAGCCCCGGGCCCUGGGCCCCCACCCGCAACCCGCUGACCCAUACAGAG